GGCUGUGUUAUGAAAAGCGGCGGCGAAGGUGAGACACCAUGGAGAUGAGAGACUUGGAGUAGCCCUCAAAACACACUUGUUCCAUGUGGUGGUUGUUGCAGUCCCGUUUGCUGUAAAGUUCGUGCCAGUCCGGGGAAAUUUCUUAGGUUUGUGGCAGAAAAAAAUGAAUCAUCUUCAGCUUAUCACUUUCACAAAAGCCCGGGACAAAUCGGAUUAUUGGGAGAAUGGAGAGCACAGUAAUAAAAAAGAUCUCCAUGCACCCAAUGAAAUUAUAACAGGAGAGGAAGCCAGGAGCUUUUAUGAAAGUCUUGUGGGAACUGAAAGACCGCAGCCUCACUCUAAAAAAUCUUCUAGAAAACCAAAACCUGCCAUAUUGUCAUUACAGUCUCGUGAAACUGGUACCCAGUCAGAACAAAACACCUCCACAGCUCAGGAUCCUAAUGAGCAACGUAAAGGUCACCAGUUACUAAGGUGUUCUCAAGAAGGAGACUUGCGUGGGUUAAAAAGACUCGUGGAAAAAGAGAAGUGUAAUAUUAACUUUCAUGACUCUUACUACUGGACAGCUCUAAUGUGUGCGGCGUAUGAAGGAAGAAAAGAAGUUGUUGGGUAUUUGUUAGAGAGAGGUGCAGCUUGGGUAGGAGUAUGUGACACUCAGGGAAGGGAUGCUUUCUCAUUGGCAGAGGAAGCUGGCCAUGGAGACAUCGUUCAGCUUCUUCAAUCCUCCUUUACUUCUACAAAGAAGAACAUCGCAAGGAAAAGACCGUUGGAAAGAAAAUACUGUGAAGUCUGCAAAUCCCAUUACCAGGAAGAUACUCUUGAAACUCAUGAACGCUCUACAGUUCACCUUUUCAAUAACAAGAAGAAGCAGCCUGCUACUUAUUAUGCCAUACCAGAUCAUAACAGGGGGUUUAAGAUGAUGCUGAAGGAAGGCUGGAAUCGAGAGUCUGGGCUGGGACCAGAUGGAGAAGGGAGAAAAUUCCCAGUUAAGACUCUUCUAAAGAGAGAUACAAAGGGUCUUGGCUUCGACACAGACCAAAAACCUAAAGUUACGCACUUUCCUGCCAAUGACAGUAUGGCCAUUGCUAAUUUGCAAAUAAGACAAAAGAGAACAGAAAGAAUCUCAACAAUCAGCAAAAAAGACGAAAAGAGAAAGCAAGCAAAAGAGCGAGAUUGGGAAAGGAAUCUUCGAACUUACAUGAAUAUUGACUUUUAGUAUUUAUAUAUUGCUUUAAUUUUAUGUCUAAACACAUUAUCUUUGCAUUGGGGAAAUAUGUGCCAUCUGAUGGAAAAAGCUUUAAACUAAUUUAUACAUGGUCAAAUAUUAUGAAAGAGACGCUGAUACCGUUAAAAGGACUUUUAAUGAGGUAUACACAUAAAACCACCUUUGCUAAAAAUGACCACAAUAAAUAACUUGUGUUAAAAAAUGCAUUCUGUUCUUCUAAUUAAAAAGUUAAUAUUUUCCUAUUUUUUUCUAAAGCAUUCCCUUUUAGUGCUAUGACACCUGGAGCUACUUGUAGCCAGCUACUUGUCACGGCUACUCAUAGACAAUACUGAUAAUUGUCUCUGUAUCUAUCUCAGGUAUUUUCCUUGUAUAAAGGGCAGGUUGUUACCUUUGAACAAAUAAACAAACAUACCCCUCCUUUCUCUAAGCAAUAGCCUUUGACUCUUUUUCAGAGACUCCUCAGGCCAAAUUCACAUAGAGCAUUUGCUUUGCUUCUCUCAUCAGGGUUUUGUAGGUAGGCAGAGGAAGUAGCUCAAUAUAGCUACACUGACAGGCACAGACCUGAAAAUGCUUGCUUUAGCAGUUUUCAGGCCAGUCUCUGCUUCGCUCCAUGUAUCUGCGCCUGUCAGUGCCGCUACAUGGAGCUGCAGAAGAGGGUGGAUCUGCUUUGCGGAUUUGUAGGAAGGCAGAAAGAGGCAGAGCCAAUGCUCUGUGUGACUUUGGACUCAGUGGACACUUAACUCGUUUUACACUUUCUGCAGGACAACUAAACUUGUUUAGUGUCAGAAAUAUCAAAAACCAUAGGUAUUUCUUAUCUAAAAUAAUAGACAACUAUUAUGUUAAGCACAAGCCCUAUACACUGAGCUCAUGUUGAAAACUGUCACUUUUGGGUCUAGUAUCCCCUGGUCCUAGGAUGACACCAUGAAGCAUAUUUAUUAUUGCUUGAGCUUCCAGGUUCAAGCAGUUGGUUAUAGAAGCAGAUUAGCUUCUCUCUGUCUCAUUAAUAUUCAUUAGGCGGAGAGAAGUGGAGGGAACACAUGUGCCCUUGACCCUAGUGUUGGAAAUGCCUCUUUUUUAAACUCUGAUUUUACAGCUCAGACCUAGCACUUCUAAAAACCAUUGAAUUUCUAUCAUCUACAAAUGAUGUGUUGAAGGAAAUGGUUGCAUCACCAUUUCAGGUAAAAAUAUAAAAAGGCAGUACGUUCUGCUGCAAUCACCAGCCUUGGACAAAUGGUUUCCAGCUAUUACGGUGCAAAAUUUCUUAAUUAUUAAAAUGCCGUUAUUAGAAAUGGCACUGGAUACAAACGGUAAAGUUUCAGGCCCAAAUUGGCCUUUUGUCAAGUCAAUCAACAUGGUCAAGCUCUACUUACUUUAUUUUCUAAUGCUGUGCUACUUCAGAUUCUCCAUUUUGAACAUAACUGUGUCUGCACAGAUAUACAACAUAACUAUUUUCCACAGCCCUUGUACACCAUUAUGGUAACUAGGUUCCUGUGGCUAAAUCUGGUUUAAAAAGUGGUGCAGCAACUAACAACCUUAUCCUUUUUUACUAAAUUUUAACUGCUCUCAUUUUUGAAUAAACUGUCACCCAGGAAAUGAGAAAAAAGCAUCAA